AUGUCCGUACCAUAUAGUGACCUUGUAGCCCAGGCUAAAGAAAGACAACAGACCUUACUUCAGACAACGAAGGUACAUUCUCAACAACUUCAUAAAUCAAUACAGGCAAUUGUUGCCAGUAAUUCCACCAAUGAUGGUGCCAAUUCACUGUCAGUAUUAGACAAAAUAACCACAAUACAUCAGUUGGACAAGCAGAUAGAUAAACAGUUAGACGAAGGAAUUGCUAACAAUUAUGCAAAGUUGGUGAAAAGUAACAAUGAUUUGGAAAAAUUGAUUUCAAGUAGUAAUAGACGGCUUCAUCAGGACAACAAAUCCAUUGUGGAUGAGCUCCAAAGAAGAGCUGAAAAGGCAGAUCAGAACUUAAGGAUACUUGAAACAACAUUGAAAUUAUUGCGGGAACAAGUAUGA